UGUCAAAGUCACAUGGAUUUGUGUGAAAGAGGAAAUAAGCCUUUUGCUCUAAAUGACUUAAUUCUCGUUAUUGAGUGGUUGGUCACUGGUACACUGAAAAAUAGAAGAGGAAUCAGAUAAAGGCAGUUGGGAACUCGGGCUAAGAAGAAGCGAACUUGCUCUCAGAACACUUAAGAAAACAUCUCAGGUUGCAGGAAGUUGUUGUGGCGCUCUUUUUUUCUCUUUUGCAUUGUUGUGGCAUGCAUGUAGGUUACACGGUGACGUUCAUGUUUGAGAUCUGACAGGCUGUUCAGAAAGCACACGUACUUCUCCGAGAGGGUUUGUGAGAAGACUCAAGUGGGCGCUUGGAAAAAUGUGACGGUCUGCGGGGAUGUGGAAACAGAGACGCUCGGCUUUGUGAGAGAGUUUAGUAAAGCCCCAGAGAGAGGGAGAGAAAUAAAGAGAGAUCGAGAAGGAAAUGUAGAAAGGGAGAGGGGAGUGUCUGUUCUGAGAGUUUCCUGUGAAGAGCUGCAGACAUACAGAGCUGAUAUAGAGAGGGAAGAGAGGAGGAAAGAAAGCUGGCGACAUCACAAGGUCCUACAGGUGAAACUGAAGUGCAUCAUUUACAUCAAGUUGAAACCACACCAUCAGCAUGGGAAAGCAGAACAGCAAGCUCCGUCCCGAGGUGAUACAGGACCUGUUGGAGAACACAGACUUCACUGAGCAUGAGAUCCAGGAGUGGUACAAGGGCUUCCUGCGGGACUGUCCCAGCGGCGCGCUCAGCAUGGAGGAAUUCAAGAAGAUCUACGGCAACUUCUUCCCCUAUGGAGAUGCAUCAAAGUUUGCGGAGCACGUCUUCCGAACCUUCGACGCCAACGGAGACGGAACAAUAGAUUUCAGAGAGUUCAUUAUCGCCCUGAGCGUCACGUCACGUGGCCGUCUGGAUCAGAAGCUGAAGUGGGCCUUCAGUAUGUACGAUCUGGAUGGCAACGGAUACAUAAGCAAGGCGGAGAUGCUGGAGAUCGUACAGGCCAUCUAUAAAAUGGUUUCUUCAGUGAUGAAGAUGCCAGAGGACGAGUCUACACCUGAGAAGCGCACGGAUAAGAUCUUCCGCCAGAUGGACACCAAUCGUGAUGGUAAGCUGUCACUCGAAGAGUUUGUAGAGGGUGCAAAGAGCGACCCAUCCAUCGUGCGACUGUUGCAGUGCGACCCCAGCAGUGCGGGACAGUGAAUCAGCAGUCAUAACCUCUCUUCCUCAAGUCUUUCUGUGUUUGCUCUCCUUCAAAUAUCAGCAGAGCAUGGACUCCAAAACCACAGGCCUAUCUCAGUGUCUGUGGGUUUCCCGCUGAACACCACGCAUGAGAACAUUAUUUCCCCACAGACACAGAUCAGGUAACGGUGAGCACCGGACAUACAGAGAUCAUACACAAGAAGCUUGUGUCCAUGUCUCUCUGGAUUUUGAAUUCCUCAUAUAAGGCUAUUUGCAAUUUAACACAACGGGUGACAUCACAUCCUGUUGUAAGCUUUUGGUACUGAAAUAAACCCCUUCGAAAAGAGCUUUAAAUAAUAAUAGAGAGGGAGUCGAAGCAAAAUUUUCCAAGUGUGCAAAAUGCACCAGAUAAUGUGACACUUUGUCAAACUUAAGAAACAGCUAAAUAUAGUUUAUUUAAGAAUUAUUUUUAAGAAUUUAAUAAAUUCAAUAAUUUUACACAAACUUUGACAAACGUUAUUCCUAGUGUUCCUAGUAUUUCAAUUCCAUUCAUCACAUACAUCUAUUUAAAAGAGAGUCACUUAGGCGACAUAUCAGUUUUUUUACGUGAAUUUUUUUUUUUUUUUUAUUGCAUUAUGAUGUCAGAGCCUGUGCUAGAUUCUUAAAAGGGCGGUUGGGGUUAAGUUUUAUCGUGAUGAAAAAAAAAAAAACAUUUAAUUUAAACAUUAAUACUCGCUGCAUAGGACUGACAGUAACCAAAUAGUUGGAAAAUUUCAUAAAACAAAGAAAUAUUUGCAUAGGGACAACAAUAAUAUUGAUCUUGCUGCUUCAAAAGAGAAGAAACAUUAAAAAGUAUUAGACAAAAAAAAAAUUGUAGAUAUAAUUUAUGGUUUAACUUGAUGGCUAAGUGAAAAUUUAUCACACCACAAAAAAAAAAAAAAAAGUUUUUCUUCUAAAUGUCUGUUAUUUUUGAAAUAUGACAUUUUCUUUUGAUUCAAAUAAUCAUUUGUACAGUAAAAGCAUAUGUAUGUAGGACUGCACAUGCACGACGGACCAUUACUGCCAGACACCAUCCAACACAUUCACCUCAGCUUCCAGACACCUUCUACUCACUCCAGACCUCGAUUCAAUCCAUCUUCUGCCCACACCGUCAGCUGUGAACCAAUACUACAGCUUAGCACGAGCGACUAGUUCAACUACUAUUCAUAUCUGACUGAAUCUUAGCCUUAGUAUUCGGUUCAGGUCUUUAUUUUUAUAUCCGUCUCAAAUAAUUUUGCACGUUGUACACCUCAAACUGAAUGUAUUCUCUGCAUCUACUGGGACAUUCUGUACAUUUCAGGAUGAAUAUGUGUGUAUGUGAUGCUUUUUGAGUACUUGUGUGUUUAUUCAGCGUUUGUCUAUGCAUACUGUACGUUUGGGUCAGCACUUGUUAAUGUGUAAGAAGAUUUCUACACAACCUCAGGGUUUUAAAUGCAAGGGACUGUGUAAAUGGACAGCAUAUGCUUUUUAUCUGUAGUCCAUUUAUAAAUGCACAAACACUCGCUCACAUGCAAACCACAUCAUAUCUGAGGCCACAUGAGAGAUGGAUAGCCAUCGGAAACUCUCUGCGGUUUUAUUUUCAGUGAAGUCAAUGUUGUAAUGAUCAAACUUUCCUCAGCCACAUGCUGAUAAGACCAGCUCAUGAAGGAGCUUGAAUUCAAAACUGAUCAUUUCGAUUUGUAGAUUCUCCUUCAUGAAAACAAUUUAGCAUCUGGCAUUUCAUUUCUGAACCACAGAAGAGACAGCAGCAUGUGGUCAAGUGCCAAACACAGAUUAAUAUAAAUGGCAAAACAAACAGUGUUCUAUCAGUGUUUGCUGUACAACUGUUAUCUGUCAAACUAUAUGUCAUUAUCAUUUUGUAGAUUUUAUAUGGUAACCUGUACAUUGUGUGAGUGUAGAUAUUAUGAACGCAGGCAUCUGUUUUGGUUAUAUCAUAAAUAAAAAUCUUAAGAAAGAAAA